AUGAAUAAAACAUUUAUUUUAGAUCGAACACCGUUAAUAAUCGACGAUGGCGGUCCUUCUUUAACACGUGAAAACAUUGUUAUUCUUCGAGUUAUUUACCUACCAGGAAGAGUCAGAACACAAAUUUCAUUUGUUGUUUUAAAAAUUGCAAAUACUUUUGGUGGUAUUAAUUCAUCAUUAACAUUACCACCAAAAACAAUUAAAUAUAUACUUUCGGCACAAACUGCACCACUUCCACGCGUAUUAGGUGGAGUGAAAAUAGAACAAAUUGCUAUUGAAACAUUAAAAAAGAAGAGACCACCAGCAAAUAAUAUGAAAUUGAUCAUAAUUAUUGCUGUCAUAGCUAUUUUAAUGACAAUAUGUUGUACUAUAGCAGUCGCCAAAGUAAUUUAUGAUAUAUCAAAAACUCGUUGCCGUCAAAAAACAUCAAAAAGUAACGGAACUACAACUCCCUCAACAGAAAAUCAAAAGAAAAAAAGUAGCAGUUCAAGAAAUUAUGGAACAUGUACUGAUAGAUUAUUUGCUUCAACAUCUUCAAAUAAUAAUAGAGAAGAUGAUGGACAAUUAACAAGUGGACAACGUUCAGCAGAAUCUAAAUCUUUAAGAAGUAGUAGAAGAGAAUCAAAUUCUUUAAAAAGAUUAUGGAGGAAAAGAGGAAGUAGUAGUGGAGAAAAAAUUAAAAAAAUAUCAAAAACUUCUGGGAUUGAGAUAGAAAAUAACAAAAUUAAAGAUGAUGAAGAAAAUAAAAUGGAAUUAGAUGAAGAAGCUAUUUCUGCCUCUUCUCGUUCAGUUACUGCAUAUCAAAAUAGUUUUAUGUGUGAUCACUCACAACUUCCAAGGGAAGACAGCCGUUUUGACGAUGAAGACUUUAAUGAUGGUUGUGGAGGAGGAGAUUUUGAAAUUAUAGAUAUGAGUAGACGUAGAAGACAAUCCUCUUUACUAUCAAAUCCAAACAAUAAACAAAGAAUGGAACAAAAAAGGCAUAGUCUUCUCCUUUCCCCAAAUAAUAUUCGUUCACCUCUUUCAUCUGAUGACGACCAACAACAAAGAAUGACUUUCAGAUUUUCACCAAAAACAAAAACUCCAACAACAACACCCACAAGAAAAACAUCAAAUAAACGAUUCUCAUUUUCUGGGAAUACUGGGGUAACAAUAAAUACAAACAUUCCAAGUGUUGUUUUGUUGGAUGAAGGGACAACAACAAAUACUGUUGAGCAUUCAUCAAAUGUGCCUAAACAUACAACAAAAGAUAUAUUUAGGAAUAAACCAAAUGGAGGUGAAUUCCUCUUAACUGCUUCCUCUGAUUUAUAUGAAAGGCCUCAAUCCAGAUUAGGUCAACAACAACAACAUCCCUUUGAUAGACCACUUUCUAGAAGGGGAAGUAGAGACGAUAAACACGAGGAAGGGGAAGAAGAAACUUUUAAUGAUACAAGGGAAGAUACUCCUGUACCUUUAGGUGAUGAUCAACAAACAAUAAUUGUAAAUCCAUUAGCAGCAGUAACCCCCAAAAAUCAAUUAUUGGAUGCUCUCAAAAAUAAGCUUCUCGGAAAAUUACUUUUAUUGGCAAGUGAAACAGAUUCAGAAUUAGAUUUAGGAAAUGAAGAAGAAGAAGAAGAAGAGGAAAAUGAAAAAAUAAAAAAAUCCUCAAAUAAUUAUUUAAAUAAAAAAGAAAAUAAAAAAAGAGAAAGUAAUGCAACAAGUAGUCCAGAAAGUGAUGAAGAAGAGGAGGGGGAAGGAGAAGAAGAAGAAAAUACAAUUUUGGAAAGGCAUCAUUAUGAAAGGCUUUUAGAAUCUCCAAUGAUACAAAAAACAACAAAAAGUUUUGAAGAAAAAUAAAAAUAAAUAAUUCUGUGAUUUUUUUGAAAAAUAUUUUUGAUUU